AUGCUGCAGGGUCCCUGCCGCCCCUCCCUGUCGGGAGCAGCCAGGCCGCUGUGCCACGCCGGGCAGCGCCCGAGCCACGGACGGGCUCCCCGGCGGCCGAGCACCCCCUCCCCGGGGCGGCGGGGCGCGGGGGCGGCUCUGUCCCCGGCCCGCCCCGGCACCGCCCCCGCCGCGGGAGCCCCGGCGAAUCAGCGGGGCGCUGUCAGGGCGUCAGCGCCGGCGGCUCCGCGCGGCCGGCCCCGAGCGCGUCCCUUAUCGCAGACGGGCACCGGGGAUCGCAUCAUUAUCAUGGGCACUGUUUUCUUUUCGCGGCGCUGCUGUUUGCUUUUCGCUCUCGCCUGGGCCGGCAGGUUGGCGGGAGGCAGCGGGGGCGCAGAUGUUGACGAGUGCGCAGAAGCUACGGAUGACUGUCACAUCGACGCAAUUUGUCAAAACACACCAAAAUCCUACAAAUGCAUCUGCAAGCCGGGCUACAAAGGGGAAGGGAAACAGUGCGAAGAUAUCGAUGAAUGUGAAAAUGACUUCUACAAUGGGGGUUGUGUCCACGAAUGUAUCAACAUUCCAGGCAACUACAGGUGUACGUGCUAUGAUGGAUUCAUGUUAGCCCAUGAUGGCCACAACUGUCUUGAUGUUGAUGAGUGUAUGGAUAACAAUGGAGGGUGCCAGCAGAUCUGUGUAAAUACUAUGGGCAGCUAUGAAUGUCAGUGCAAAGAGGGCUUUUUCCUGAGUGAUAACCAGCACACCUGCAUUCAUCGCUCCGUUGAGGGUAUGAACUGUAUGAACAAAGAUCAUGGGUGUGCACACAUCUGCCGGGAGACACCCAAAGGUGGGGUUGCCUGUGAAUGUAGACCUGGCUUUGAACUUGCCAAAAACCAGAAGGACUGCAAAUUAACCUGUAACUAUGGGAAUGGAGGCUGCCAACACACCUGUGAUGACACAGAUACUGGUCCUGUGUGUGGUUGUCAUCAGAAGUAUGCCCUGCACUCAGAUGGCCGAACCUGCAUUGAGAAGGAUGAGGCUGCAAUUGAGAGUUCUGAGUACAAUGCCACGUCAGUAGCUGAUGUGGACAAGCGGGUGAAACGGCGGCUACUUAUGGAAACAUGUGCUGUCAAUAACGGAGGCUGUGAUCGGACUUGCAAGGAUACCGCAACAGGAGUACGGUGCAGUUGCCCAGUUGGAUUUACCCUGCAGCCUGAUGGGAAAACGUGCAAAGAUAUUGAUGAGUGUUUGGUAAACAAUGGUGGUUGUGACCAUUUCUGCCGAAACACCGUUGGCAGCUUUGAGUGCAGCUGCCAGAAAGGCUAUAAACUGCUCACAGAUGAAAGGACCUGCCAAGAUAUCGAUGAGUGUUCCUUUGAACGGACCUGUGACCACACCUGUAUCAACUACCCUGGAAGCUUCGAGUGUCUCUGCCACAAAGGCUACACCUUGUAUGGACUGACGCACUGUGGAGAUAUUGAUGAAUGCAGCAUCAGCAAUGGUAGCUGUGACUUUGGGUGUCUUAAUACCAUGGGGAGCUAUGAGUGUGUCUGCCCACCUGGAAAGAAACUGCACUGGAAUAAAAAGGACUGUGUUGAGAUGGUGAAAUGUCUCCCAAAUACCAAACCAGCUCCCAAGGCUCAGCUAGUAUGCGGUAAGACAGGAGGCAUAGAGAGCUGCUUCCUGUCAUGCCCAUCCAAUACUCUUUUUGUUCCAGACUCGGAGAACAGCUACACACUGAGCUGCGGCAUCCCCGUGCAACAUGGCAAGGCACAGCCCAGGCGCAACUCCACUCUGCCCAGCUGCUCAGAUUCCUUAGCCCUGCCAAUCAAGCAGAAAGUUCGUUUUAAAAUCAAAGAUGCAAAAUGUCAUUUACGGCCUCGCAGCAAAGAAAAAACAAAAGAUUCUGGGAAGCAGGCUGUUUCAGGAGGUCAGUUCCCCUGUACAGACAACUGCCAGGUGACCUUUGUGAAUCUCAAGUGUGAUUCCUCCAAGAAAAAACGCCGAGGCCGCAAGUCACCAUCAAAAGAAGUGUCCCAUAUCACUGCAGAGUUUGAAGUGGAGAUGAAGUCUGAAGAAGUCUCAGACACCUGUAACAUUGACUGUGUUCGGAAAAGGAUGGAACAGAAGCUGCAAACUGCAAUCAAAACAUUGAGGAAAUCUAUUAAUAAACAGCAAUUUUACAUUCAGUUUUCUGGGACAGAAUAUGAAGUGGCUCAGAAGCCAGCUAAAGCUACUGAAGGGCAUGAAGCAUGCAGUACAGGGCAAGUACUGCAGGAUGGAAAAUGUGUUACCUGCAGUACAGGCACCUUUUAUAGUGGAGAACACAAUCAGUGCAUUCCGUGCUCGCCAGGAACAUACCAGGACACCGAAGGCCAGCUCACCUGUGAGCCUUGCCCCAGUAAUGAUGGCCAGGGAGUAGCAGGUGCCCGGAACGUGUCAGAAUGUGGAGGGCAGUGUUCUCCUGGACACUACUCUUCAGAUGGUUUUAAACCUUGUACAGUCUGUCCUCUUGGUACGUAUCAACCUGAACCAGGAAGGACCCUCUGCUUCCCCUGUGGCGGUGGGCUUGUGACCAAAUAUGAAGGUGCUGUUUCCUUUCAAGACUGUGAAACCAAAGUUCACUGUUCUCCUGGACACUACUACAACUCCACAACACACAGAUGUAUCCGGUGCCCUGUGGGAACAUAUCAGCCUGAAUUUGGUCAGAACUACUGCAUCACCUGCCCUGGUAACACCAGUACAGAUUUUGAUGGCUCCACCAAUGUCACUCAUUGCAAAAACCAGCACUGUGGAGGAGAACUGGGUGACUACACUGGCUACAUUGAAUCACCCAAUUAUCCAGGAGACUACCCAGCUAAUGUGGAAUGCAUUUGGAAUAUAAAUCCACCCCCAAAGAGAAGAAUACUCAUUGUAGUACCUGAGAUAUUUCUCCCAAUUGAAGAUGAAUGUGGUGAUGUUUUAGUAAUGAGAAAAAGUGCUUCUCCUACUUCAAUUACUACAUACGAAACAUGUCAGACAUAUGAGAGACCUAUUGCAUUUACCUCAAGAUCGAGGAAACUCUGGAUUCAGUUCAAGUCAAAUGAAGGAAACAGUGGCAAAGGAUUUCAGGUCCCCUAUGUGACUUACGAUGAGGAUUACCAACAACUAAUAGAAGACAUUGUUCGAGACGGCCGAUUAUAUGCAUCAGAAAACCAUCAAGAAAUUCUAAAGGACAAGAAACUGAUUAAAGCUCUCUUUGAUGUAUUGGCACACCCUCAAAACUAUUUCAAGUACACAGCACAAGAGUCAAAAGAAAUGUUUCCAAGAUCAUUUAUAAAGCUACUGCGAUCGAAAGUUUCCAGGUUUCUACGACCAUACAAGUAGUCUAGUGGUAUUCAAUUUUUGGUUACUUUGAAUUCCUGUCAAAUAUUGUCUUUCCUCCAUAGUAGAAAUAUUUGUUAAUUUGAAAACUCUUUUCUGCAGUCUUUGUUCUCAAUAGUUAUUGAAGAACACCUGUAAUGUUUUAUAAUUGUUAAAAGUCAGUGUUCUGAAUGGGAUUAUUGCCAAAAACCAAAACAAUUAUACAUCCCUCAGUACCUCUAGCUGUAGAUCCAAAUUUGUGUCUGCACUAGUGUAUCCUCACUUUCCAUCUGAAAUCUCACUAUGUAAAAAUAUUCUUUCUAGCUUUUUAUUUUUCAUCAACAAUAACUUUUGUCAAAGAAAGGAGAAACCUAUUCAAAUACGAUUAAACUACCUGCAGAUAAGUUCUCUUAUGGAAAGAAGUAUGUAGUAUAAAUAAUAUUUGGAUUUUGAGUUGCACUUGAAGUUUAUAUUUGAAUCUUCAGAAGAAAAAAAAUAAUCAAAAUUUUGUUAUUUCUCAUUUGUGGCUUAAUGGAACCUCUGUCCAAGUAGAAAUAAUAAUAAAAAAAAAUUAUAAUUUUGUUUUAUGAAUUACAUGAGAUUGAGUUCCAUGCCCUAAUGUCCUAAUGUUUUUAUCUGUUCUCUUCUAAACUUCUUCAGAGGUUUGCCAUUCUCAAUUACUUAAUUGAAACAGAUUUAGCUCUGGAUUUCCUUGCUUCAGUUGGUCCCUUGGAAAACAUUUUUACAAUAGGAUAUGUGAGAAAUGAACAACAACACUAGUAGUCUUGGUUUUCUUUCCAUUAAGAGAGCAUCUAAUUAAGUACAAUAUAUAAAUAUAUAAAUAUAUACUUCUAUUUGUGGGUACAUUAGUAAUGUUAUCUCUAGUUACUGUAAAUAUUAUUCAUGCUUAAAUCUUUACUCCCACACAUCCUAUUUACUCAUAUCUAUAUGUAACUUUGUGUAGACAAUUAAAUGACUUCUCCAAGUGCUUGUCACUUCUAUUAACACCCAGCUAAAGCCUUUAGAAGUUUCAUAAUACAGGAUAAUGGUUUACUCUGGGACAAUCUCUUUCAAUAUGUAUUAUUCCAGGAAAAAUAGCAUCAGUGGAGAUGCAACUGCUGCCCAAUAAAGGGUCAGCUGUUGCCUCUUCCUUGGGAACCCCCCACAUGCCCACCAAGAGUCACCCUCAGGACACGUGGGAGGGGCUCAGCAAGGAGGGGAUGUUGCCGGACCUGCUGUCUUUAAAACACUGGGAAUGCAACUGUGUCCAAGCCCCAGAUUCUCAGGGGGUCAGGGGUGAACAGGACAUGGUUUUGCAGAAGAGUUGGAGGGCAGGUUCUGUGUUUGCUGGAACAUGGCUCUCCCCUUUAUCCUAAAUUUGUAGCCACAGUACCCAUCAAGCACAGGGACUGCAGGAGAGCUUUAGCCUUGUGCUCAGGCCCUGCUCAUGGAGCAACAGUGGGUUUACCAUGAACAUAAAUCUUGGGUUUCCUGCUGUUUCCUGACA